CUCUAUUCAGCAACUCUAGAGGAGUCUGGCAACUAAAAUACAUUGAGGCACAUAAACAGGAUACAAGGUUAUUUCUAUUUCUUUGCUUUUGUUACCUUCAACAGCUGGAAUCAAGACAGGAAUGGCAAAGUGCAACAUCUAAGGAUUUUCCGAAAGAUCUUUCUAGCACACCGAUCUUACCUUGGCAAACUGCUGCUGUUUACUCAGAAGCAACAAAAGGCAACAUAAGAAGAAUAAGGAAGAAUAAGAGGAGUUCUGCAAAAAUGGAGAGGCGUCUUUCUCAGCUCAUCUAUUUGCUGAGGAAAAAUGGUUUUCCCAUGUAGAAACCAUAUCAGAGUGGCUGAUGAUAUGCAAAUAGGAAGCUACCAAGACUUGAUUGGCCGUCUAAAAGAAGUCAAAUCCAGGUUCUGAUGGAGGGUCCUCUUGUAGCAGAAACGACGUCAGACAUCAGUUCCCACAUAUGCGAAGGAAUUGUGAGCUGUAAUAUGAACCCGGUCUCAAAAUUACCUAACUUUGAUGAAACUGACAACAAAUGCAGCACUGGGAACCCCCAGUGUACAAUUAAUGAGAUGGAUAGGUCUUCAAAAGAUGCUGAAAUAACCUCUUCAUCAGUAAUGGCUCAACUGGAACAAACAGAAGCAUCAGAAGCCUCCCAGGAUCACAUACAUAUUAAUCAAAGAGCAAAGGAGGUUAAUUUUAAUUUACCAUCAAUAGAAAUCAAUGAAUACACCGAAGAUAGCGCCACGACUUUAUGUGAAAUGGAUAAUGUGAAGGGCAGUGACACAAUAGAUUGUGAUCGACAGGUUAGUCAGUGUGCUGAUUUAAUCAGUCAAGGUUCUAACCAUGACUCCCCAUUUGAUGGGAAAGAUGUCAGCGAUAAUUCUGUACCAUCGGGCUCCAAUGGAUGUGAGACUAAUAUGUCAAAUCAUUAUGGUGAUCAAUACAAUGUUGAUGCUAGACUGCCAUUUAAUGAUUCAUCUUUCAGUGAAAACAUGGAAAUCACAAACCUUCAAAAAGGCAAAGGCAACAACAUAGGGUUCAGUGACUUAGUCACCUCCAAACAUUCUGAGUCUGAGAUAAAAAGCAAAAUGGAAAAGGCUGAAAAGGAGAAUACCUUCAGUCAGUGUGAUGGAAUCAAGCGGCCAAAUAUAAACUUGAAGGAACUUUCUCCCAAGAAAAUUGGCAAUGAAGAUAUUCUACUUGAAACUGAAAGCAUGCAUUCUAAGGUCAUUCAGGGAGACACUGGACAACAAGUCUCAAAGCCUUUGUGUCCUGUUGGGCAAAAACUUCCAGAAGAAUCCAAAGGAAAGGAAACAAAGACCACUUCUACUUGUGAGUUUAAUGGACAGUCUCAAGUAUCCAAAGAGACAAAGGUUUUUCCAUCAUACUCAAUUCCACCCAAUCUCUCAUUAAGUCAGAAGCAACACAUGGAGACUCAAGUGAGUCUGGAGGUCAUGUGCCGAUCAGCUGCAACAAGCCCCAUGACUCCACCAGAAGGUUUUGCUGCUGCCUUCUUUCCAUACCUGUCUGGGAAAUUUGAAAAUAGCUGUAAAGAGUUGUCCCUAGUGUCGAAGAAGGAUGCAGAACUCCAAGUGGGAGAGAUGGUGAACUAUCGAUCUGUCGCCACAGCACCUAUGAGCCCAAUUACUCCCAAUGCUCCAGAGGACUGUCCAGCGACACAAGUGAAGGCGGUUACACAGGAAGAUCAACCAGAACCUGUCCAGGAGGUACGCUGGGAUGAGAAGGGCAUGACGUGGGAGGUGUAUGGAGCAGCCGUGGAGGUGGAAGUCCUGGGCAUAGCCAUCCAGAAGCACCUUGAGAAGCAGAUCAAGGAUCAUGGAAAGCUUCCUCCACUCUUAGUGUCCACAGCUAAUUCCACAAGCCCAGCUGACAAAGGUCCUUCGCCUCCCCUGUCACCUCCUCCAAUCACAGUGCCAUGCACCAAUGUCUCAGUAAAAGAACCAAGCAAAGCUGAAGAGAAACCGGAGGGAAAGAAAAAAAGGCGGCAACGCAAUCCACUUCGCGUUGGAUUCCGAUGUAUGCGACGACCACGUUGCUGCUUCCGCACGAACACAAUCGAGUGAAACUGAAAACAGCCUCUCCUGUCAUAUCGCAGUUCUUCGGUCUUAAGGAAUGCCAGUUUGUGCGACAGACGAUUGUGUGAACACAUACGAAUUAUUUUUAAAAGAAUUUCUGGAUUUCGUUUAUGUAAUCCAAAAAUUGCAGCAUUGUGUUGUCAUGACAAUGAUUUAAUGACAGCUGUAUUUGCCUUUGUAGUAUUGUUUAAUUCUGUUUUUUAAAUUUGGGGGAUGAUGUUGUAUUGCUUAAUCAACACCACUAUACAUUAUAUGUUAUUUUAACUACGAAAAUAAGAUAUAACAAUCAUAAAGUGUGCCUUAUUUAGUGCACAUUAUUUUCUUUUCAUAUUGGUAUGUUUGUGAAUUAAAUUUCUUGAUUCCCGUCCAUUUAUGAAAAUCUUAUUUACACAUUUUGCAGAAUUAAGAUUUUGUACAUACAGUAUUACAUGUGUUAGUAUAUAAAUAUGUGGGAUGCUCAUGUCAACUAUGCUGGGAAUAUAUACAAAUCCUAUACUUUUUCUGUCAUAGUUGUGCAUAUAUUAUUGAUUCAUCUUGUUUGUUGUUGUUUAGAAUUAACCAUCACUUUAUACGUACUAUACAGUCCAAAGAGUAUGUCUUUACAAUGUGAAAUAUAGAAAUACAGAAAUUGAUGGUUAGUGGUUAUACCACAAAAUUCUAACCUGUAAUCUCACACAUGUAGAGAAAAAAAUUCUAGAAUUCCUAUUGGAAAUAAAAAAAAAACUAAAGAAAAUCAUGGGGCAUUUGCUUUGUUUCUGCUUUGCUUUAUAUAUUUAUUUAUAUACUGUGUUUUGACUGUGGACUGUUUCGGUUUUCUUUUGCUGGCUAAAAUGUAUCUUUUAGAUAUGCUUAUGAAGUCAGAAUGUCUGAUGCACUUUGAAAGAAGUGAAUAACUCGUUUUGUAAAACGCCAUAGGUCUUAUCAGCUGCAUAUAACAGUGUAAUGUUCUUCUGUUUCAAAUUACCGACGUGCUGUGUUUAUUUCUCUUUAAUUUACAGUUGUGUAGUGUUGUGUUUAUUUCUCAGUCACGGUCUUUACAUGAUGAGAGUAUUGUUCACAGUUGUUACACGUGUGUUAAGCCUUUACAAACAAAAGCAUUCAUAAGUGGAAUGUAAUAAACUUUUACUUGAUUGUUCCUCUUA